CUGUGAUAUCUAGAGGAGGGCCAGGGUUAGCGAACACACCUGCAGUCUGCAGAGUAAAAGAGAGAGAGAGAGAGAGAGAGAAAGAAAGGAAGACGGAGAGGAAGAGAGAGAGAGGGGGCAGAGAGAUAACAGUGAAGUGGAGAGAGAGGAAGAGGAGGAGCAACUGAGUAAAGAGAAAUACAGAGAGGCAGAGAGCUCCACACACAUCAGUUAGUAGCUGCAAGAGGACAAGAGCAAGAGAGGACAUAAAAGGAGGGGAGGACGGACAGAACAGAGACAGGGAGACAAGAAGAAACUAAAGUAAAAGACACAAAGAAGAAAGUCAAAGGCUGUGGGAGUUGUUGCUCGGCUGGGAAUCCAUCCAGCAGACUGCUGAGACUUCAGUUUGGGUCCAAGUGAACGUACAAAAACCAGUGUGACUGGGACUCUACUGAGGGGACAGACUGGUUUCUACCCACAGUGAGCAGACUGCUGAGCACCAUGGCUGACAACGUGAAUGAGGAGUCGGAUUAUAACCCGGGGAAAGAUGAGCUGGACUGGGGCUACGAGGAAGGUGUAGAAUGGGGACUCCACUUCCCAGCAGCCAAUGGCGAGUACCAGUCUCCCAUUAACUUGAACUCCCGGGAGGCUCAGUAUGACCCGUCCCUCCUGGAUGUCGGCCUAUCGCCAAACUACGUGGUGUGUCGAGACUGCGAGGUCAUUAACGACGGACACACUGUUCGCAUCAUUCUCAAGUCCAAAUCAGUGGUUACUGGGGGUCCGUUGCCUAGUGAUCAUGAGUAUGAGCUUCAUGAGGUUCGAUUCCACUGGGGCAAAGAGAACCAGAGAGGAUCAGAGCACACUGUCAACUUCAAGGCUUUCCCUAUGGAGCUCCACCUGAUCCACUGGAACAGCACUCUAUUUAACACUUUGGAGGACGCUCUUGGGAAGAAGAAUGGAGUCCUCAUCAUCGCUCUUUUUGUGCAGAUCGGUAAGGAGCAUCUGGGUCUGAAGGCAAUCACUGAAGUUCUACAGGACCUGCAAUACAAGGGGAAGAACAAGAUAAUCCCCUGCUUCAACCCCAACACUCUGUUACCUGAUCCUUUACUGAGGGACUACUGGGUGUAUGAAGGAUCUCUGACCACACCACCUUGUAGUGAAAAUGUGACCUGGAUCCUCUACCGCUACCCUCUAACCAUCUCACAGUUACAGAUCGAGGAGUUUCGGAGGCUGCGGUCCCAUUUCAAAGGGGCGGAGUUGCUAGAAGGUAACGAUGGGUUGUUGGGGGACAACUUCCGUCCUACCCAGCCGCUCAGUGACCGGACGGUUCGUGCCGCCUUCCAGUGACUCGCACUUUCCACUGACGACACAGGAAAACUGUGAGACCUACACAUACAAGUAUAGAAGGAAAGAGAAAGAAGAGGUGUGAAGAAAGGAACGGAAAGAGAGGGAAAGAGAGAGAGACAGAGCAAAAGUUGAUGUGCUUAUAGAUCAGCUGCAGACUGAAGGUGGACAAAGAAACUAUUGAUCUCACACCCUUACUGUGCGCUUUUGUGUGUGUGUGUGUGUGUGUGUGUGUGUGUGUGUAAGUGUGUCUUCUGCAUAACCUCUCCCUGUCUUAUUCUUACUGUAUCUGUGAGAGUAGCAUCCUCCAUGAGCCUGAGUGUGUACUGUAGGUUAAUGUUGAGUAUUAUUGUGCAAAUGUGUGUGUGUGUGGGAUCAGAUUAGAUGAUAGGAGGAUUUACAACGGGCUCUGCUGUAAAAACAAGAGGAACCAUGAACCAACAACAAGAUGUCCCUGAACACACACACACACACACACACUGACACACAUUUAAACUUAACUGCACUGACAGAAAGAGUGUAACAGAGACACUGAAACACACAGCUUCACACACUCAACAUACACACACGUGCUGCAUACAUAUUAUGUGCAUACACCUGAGGCUGGUGUAUUUCUAACUGAGUAUUUUGUUUUGAGUUAGUUGAAUGUGAAAUUGAAAUCAACAUGAAAGGGAAAUAUCUAAAAACUACAGAUAAAACAGAAAGAUAAACAGAGCCAAAUUUCUAUAGAUGAAUUUGAACUGUAGGAGGAAGUAAAACAAUCCGCCAUUAUUGUGGUUGCACCUCUCUGGGCAACCCUCGUACAACACUGUAACAUAUGUAAAUGAUUUCACUUUAUAAGCAUUCCUGCCAAGUAAUCAGUCCAAGAGACGCUGUAGCAGCUGUUAUAUGUAGAAAAUAUCAUCAAAUGCCAUUAAAAUAAAGGUUUUAUACAACACUUUUCAGUAAAAUGUAGUCAUCCGCUGCUCCAACAACAAGCAGAAAGUAAAAGCCACAAGCUUCUGCUCCAGGAAAUCUUUUUUUCUUUCCUAAACUCUGUUAUUGUUAAAUCCUUAUGUUUCGGUCACUUUAUGUGAUGAAUGAAAAUGAUUGGAUUGUUGGAUUUCAGAUCAGUAGGGGGUGCCAACAAAAGUAUGGUUUUAACAAGAUCUUUUUUUUCUUUUUUUUGGGGGGGGGGAAUAACUGACUGUAAUAUUACUUCUGAAAUGUAUUAGUAAUUAGUUACACCACUAGUUACCGAGGAAAGUAAUAUUAUUAGAGUUAAGCAAUCCCAGCCCAGAGCCAAAAGUCACAUAGUGUAGGAACAGGGCACAGACACUCAAAAUCAGUGUAGCCUCAGAAGGAUUUUGAAGCUGUUAUUUUAAAGCAGAAAAAGUGACAUACUGUUGGUGCUCAGACAAAAAACUGUUAAUCAUGGUCAUGUUAAACCAAACAUUUCUGCUUUCACUGUCAGUGUGAAUGUGUUCAGUUCCACUCUGCCACUGCAGUAAUGGCGCUUGAACAUACUCUCUACAAUGCGCCAGAUUCAUCUAUAGAGUAACUUAACGGUAUAGUAUUUGCUAGCUUUAUGUCAGCCUAUUAGAGAAUAUACAUAGUGUGUAGAGGUAUUGAGUUGGUGGUUGGGUUCACAUUGAUUUCCAUCUAUUAAAGUGGUUUAAUAUGGUUUAAUAUUUACUUUUUAAUGAGUAUGUUAAGACUGUUUAAGUUAUAUUCUGGUGUUGAAGUGAGCGCAGCAGUGUAUGAGCACUCCAUGGGGGGAAAAUCUGAAGUCAGCUGCUGAUUGAACCUCCCACCAUACACUCAGAAUGGGUUUAGUUCACAUUACAUCAAUUUUGACAUCUCACAUGUACACACCUGACCUCUAACUGCUCAACAGUCACAUAUCAAACUGAUAGAAAUGUUUUGCUGCAUCAGUGUCCUGCUCAUCCAAAGCCUUGUGAAUUUUAAUCUGUGCGUUGCUUGCUGUGUUCAUCAUUAGUGUUGAUGGUCACAUACACACUGUACAAGUAAAUGAUUACAAAUCAAAUAGACAUUUUCCUGUUCAAACUGGGUGAAUACACAAACUGAAACUACAGUCUACAUGUUGAAUAUCACUGUUUGUCUUUAGUGGCUGCAUCAUUUUGGACUCUCUGCAGAUUCUCUAUAAGUGUUGAUUGCAGUCCAAUCAGAUAUGGUCCAGUUAUUCUUAUCUGUAUCAUUAAUAGUGUUCAUGUCACUGUCUUUAUUAUCUGUGUGUCAGAACAAGUAGUCAUUGUGUAAAGAAUUUAAUUCUGAACACUUUUCAUCUUUUUUUCUUUAAAUAAAAAUGUUCAAAUGUAGAUGACAGUGAAUGUCUUCACAAAAUAUGGACUAUUAGCAGCUGCAACUCCCAUUAACAUCAGUGCUCCACUGCUCCCAAGUACUGCUUUAGAAAGUGGGAAGAGUUACAAGCACAGCUUUUAUGUGUGUGUGUGUGUAUAUCAACCCCAUUUAUACCUGGCAUUCAAAUGCUGUCUGUAUCUGACAUUAUCUGGAUGAGGUGCAUAAAUGCAUUGGGAUCAGAAUGUGAUUGAGUCAGCCAGACCCCAUUUGGAGACGGUCAGGCUCAGAUUGUGAUUGGAUCUCAGCCAGGUGUUAAUGACAUCUGUACAGCUUUAAAGCUUGAACACAUUCUUAAAGGUCCACUGUGUAACAUUUAGGAGGAUCUAUUGGCAGAAAUGGAAUAUAAUAGUUC